GGGGGAGCUUGCCAUCGCAGGAAAGCAGCGGGCGCGGAGCGCUCUCCCUCUGGCUACCUGCAGAGCUGCGCAUGCGCUAGGGACUUUGGGGCGGAGCGGACAUUGAGAGAGAGAGAGAUGGGUCUGUGCGUGCGCGCCGGGACCUGAAAUUCCGGGGAGGACGCGCGCUCGGACUGCGGUUGCGCGCCGGGCCUGCGCACGAGCGGGGAGCUUGACGGCGCACGCGUAGGAGGGGCUCGCGCGGGGCGGGAGGAGGAGCCUCCGUAGCCUCGAGCUCAGUGUGAGGCGGGAGGCGGACGAGGAAGGAGCUCCCGGCCCUUUUAACCCUUUCCCCGCCGCCGGUGCCUCCGCCGCCUCCGCCGCCGCGAACCCAUGCAAGGCAUGAUCGAGAUGGCGGCGGACAAGGAGACCUUCUUAGUCCCGGCCCCGCCGCCGCCCCUCCUCAAACCCCCGCCCAGGGGAGGUGGGGGCGGGGCCGGCGGGGGGGACGUCCCCCUGGUGCAGCUGCCUCAGGGGGCCGCCCCGGCGGAGCUGCACCAGGAGGACGCCCAGGGCCAGCCGGCGGCGGCGGCAACGGAAGCAGCAGGCCAUAGGGACGACGCGGCCUCCCCACUUGGCCCCUCCGCCAGGCUGAACCAGGGGGCCCGCCCCGCCGCCCUCCCGCCUCACCCCCCCGUCCAGCGCAGACCCCCGGCCAAAGGAGGGGGUCCCUCCGCAGCAGCAGCAGCAGCAGCGGCCGAGGAAGGGGAAGACAGCGUGUCCGAGCUGCAGCGGCCCCGCAACGGCUUCCAGCCGCCGCCGCCUCCGCCCCACCACCAGCCGAGAGCCCCCUGUGGGGGCAAGAGGCGCAGCAGCUGCAACGCGGGCGGAGGGUUCAAGCACCCGGCCUUCAAGCGCCGGCGGCGCGUCAACUCCGAGAGCGACCCGGUGCUGCCCUCGGAGUUCCUGCUGGGGGGCAACAUCUUCGACCCGCUGAACCUCAACAGCCUGCUGGACGAGGAGGUCAACCAGGCGGUCAACGCCGAGACCCCCAAGUCGUCGCCGUUGCCCGCCAAGGGCCGGGACCCCGUGGAGAUCCUCAUCCCCAAGGACAUCACCGACCCGCUGAGCCUCAACAACGCCCAGGAGGACCCCCCGGUGUUGGCGUCCCCCGUCAAGCCCGGGCGGAAGCGCCACCGCCACCGGGGGGCACAGAGGGGGACGGCCGGACUGGAAGGAGGAGGCGGCGCCGGCGGCAAACCCCCGCUGCCCACCUCAUGCAAAGCGUGCCAGAAGACUUGUAACGGGGCCACCCCGCAGCCCUACGAACUCAACACGGCCAUCAACUGCCGGGACGAGGUGGUGUCGCCCCUGCUGCCUGCCGCCGGGGAAGCUCAGCCUGGGCAGCAGGCCUCCGGGUGCGCCACGCCGUCAGGCACUUCUGUGGCCUCCUGGACGGCCGGGGGUGGCAGCAGCGGCGGCAACAGCAGCCGCCACCACCGCAAGAGGCGCAGGACUAGUAGCAAGUCAGAGGGAUCAGGAGGAGGAGGAGGAGGCCGGCAUCCGGGGGCCUCUACGUCCGGCGAGCAGCCCUGCCGAAGCAGCCCGGACAGGGGGCACAGCGUGCCAAGGGGCCGCCACCCUCAGGCUGCUCCUGGCCAAGUGUCCCGGCGGCAGCCGCACCACAAGUUCCAGUACGGCAACUACUGCAAGUACUACGGCUAUCGCAACCCCAACUGCGAGGACUCGCGCCUGCGGGUGAUGAAGCCCGAGUGGUUCCAGGGGAAGGAAGUGCUGGAUGUGGGCUGCAACGUGGGGCACCUCACCUUGAGCGUGGCCAAGAAGUGGGGGCCCGCCAGAAUAGUGGGGGUGGACAUUGACGGGGCCCUCAUCCACUCGGCCCGCCAGAACAUCCGGCACUACCUUUCGGAGGAGAUGCGAGAGCAGCAGCGUGACCAUGUUGGCGGCGGCGGCGGCAGCGAAGGGGCCAGCCGUGCCAAGAAAACCUUCCCGGCCUCCCUCAUGGCCAGCCGAGGGCCGAUCGCUGCGCCAAGGGUACCCCAGGACGGGGUGGACGCCACGGUCUUCCCCAACAACGUGUUCUUCGUCAAGGGCAACUACGUGCUGGAGCAGGACGAGCUGCUGGAGGCCCAGAAGCCUGAGUACGACGUGAUCCUGUGCCUCAGCCUCACCAAGUGGGUGCACCUCAACUGGGGCGACGAGGGCCUCAAGCGCCUCUUCAAGCGGUUCUACCGCCACCUGCACCCAGGCGGUAUCCUGAUCCUCGAACCCCAGGCCUGGUCCUCCUACGGCAAGAGGAAGAACUUGACGGAAACAAUAUGCAGGCAUUACUACCGGAUCAAGCUGAAACCAGACCAGUUCCCCUGUUACCUGACUUCGCCGGAAGUGGGCUUCUGCAGCUACGAAUUGGUGGCCACACCCAGGAACACAUCAAAAGGAUUCCAGCGGCCCAUCUAUCUCUUCCACAAGGCCGGCCCUGGCGCCCACUGAGGGCGUCUCUGCCGCCGGAGCCUCGCCCCUGCUUUUCCAAUCAGCCACUUGCUGGGGCAGUGGGGCUCACGUGCCCCCCAUGGAUGAAUGUUGGACACUUUGCUGGCAGGAGGGGAGAAGCUUUCCUCCCAGCCAGGACGGAGCAAGCCAGACUUAAGACUCCUGCAGCCUUUCAGCUCCUCGGUGCCGUGUCGCUUGCCAUCAACCACCAGAGGGCUCCAGAGACUGCAGUGGGGCAGCGGAGAUUCGCCCUGGAGCAGGACCUUGACUACUGUUAUGGGGUGGGUGGGGGGGUUGAGAGGGGGGUGCACUCCAGGGGGGUGGCGUUUGCACCGAGGUGUCAUUUUCUUUUUCUGGUUUCCCUUUGAGGUUGUGGCCCUGCCGGAGCAAGAACCUUCCUUUGCCCUUAGUCCUCGGAGUGGGGUGGGGGCUGCAGCUCCCCCCAACAUUGCCAGGCGCUCAGCUCACGACAGUCACUCAAGCCAGCAGCUUGAGUUUAGCAACAUCUGGAGGGGAAGAGGCAGGGUGGAUGGCUGGGAGUUUAUAGCACAGCAGAAGCAGUUCUUUCUCUGAUGGGUUUCCCCUUUUGCCAUUGCCUGUUAAAGAGGCAGAAACCUCCACAGCCCAGCAGGCGCCUUCCGGGUGUUGCUGCGCUACAACUCCCACCAGCCGGUUCUGAAACCUCGGCCAGGGAGAGAGAACAAUUGAAAAGUUAG